AGCCGGCGCAAGCUAUCCAUGUGCAUCUCGAUGAUCGGCAUGCCUAACGUGCUGCUCUUGGACGAACCCUACGCUGGCGUUGGGACCACAUCGCGGAAGCGCAUCGUGUAUUACCUCAGCGCACUGCAGCGUGUUGCCAAGAUGUUCAUUGUACUGACUUCACACAACCUUUCGGACGUCGAGUUCCUCUGCAACCGCGUCGCCAUUCUGGGUUCGGGAAAGCUGCAGUGCCUUGGCUCAGUUACGCACCUCAAGAACAAGUUCGGCAAGGGCUACACCAUCACGAUGAAGAUGUACCCGGAUAGGAAGGAAGACAUUCUCUACCAUCAAGACGUGGCACAUGCCGUGCUCAAAAACUUCCGCGAUGCGGAGCUUGUGCACAGUUUUGAGGUGAAGCCAGUGCCUCUCUUUAACGGUUUCGUCAGCUUCCGAAGCAUGCAAGGUGGCAUCGAACUGCGGGCGAAGCUUAUUUGCAGUGUUUGUGGGUUAACCUUCAUGAGUUCAACGUGUCUCUUCAAUUUCGCAAACUUAUAUGCACUUUCCACGUAGCGACUGCAUCGAAUUUCGAACCUUCAUAUUGUGUUUGAUUGGACAAGGGCGUUUCUGUGCACUGAGUCAGCCUUCGAUUUUAUUGGUCUCUUGGUGAACUGAAGCCAUCAUUGAACAAUAGUCCAGGGGCCAUAAAAUGUAACCGACUCUGCCUAUCGUCUUCCCUUCCCUAAUUUUCGCACUGUUAUAUAAGUUGCUAUUAUGUAAAGCUAUUACAGUCUACUUCUAUUUGAAUCUUGUGACAUCGCAUUUACGUAACCGCCGACGCAAGCAUCGGGCGCUGACCAACAGCGUUGUUUGAAUCGCCCAAUCAAUCGCUCUCAUCGUUUAUAGGCGUCAACAUUUAUUUGCUUACAAAACAGUUGGCAUUGCCUACUUUUACAGGCCUUUCUUACCUAAUGGGCUGGCAAGAGGUGAGGAACAUGCAUAAAUGGAAAGGGUUUCGGUGGACUCGAGCUAGCGCAGUGAAAGUAGAUAACCGGAUGAGGAGGGUGGAGCUGGUGUCUGCGAGUGGCCCGCUUCCCUUUGUUUAGCUUGCGGUGGCUGGCCAAAAAUCGCGGCGGCAUGCAACGGCAAAAUUAAAAAUGCUCCUCAAACAGGUGCUCAGCGAAGAAAAGUUAGAAGAGUGAUGCUGUAUACGUGCCAAAAGGGGUUGACAACGUUGUACUGCCACGCAAUAAUGUUUUUUACGCAAAUAAAUACAUUCUCCCCGGCAGCUUCGAGUAGCAAGUGCCAGAGCGAUUGGUGGGCAGACAUCUUCUAUUCUUUUCGGAACGGGGCGGUCUCCGGAUAUUCCGAAAAAGAAAUUCUGUUUUGUUCGGCAUAUAAACGCACCUUCAAUGCGUACGCGUCACUUUGACUUAGUGAGUUUUCGCGGUUUUGUAACGUCCCGUGACAGACUGACAAAGUGAG